UCAUGAUAGUCAUAGUGGACCUGCUGCUGAUGCUCAUCGACCUGACCUACUCCAUCCUGAGUGCCAUCGUCCAGACUAUCCUGCGGCCGAGGCUCAAGUGCAUUGAUGGGGAGCUCUGUCUGAUCACCGGGUCGGGGGGCGCGCUGGGGCGGCUGUUCGCCCUGGAGUUUGCCAAAGAGGGGGCGCACCUGGUGCUGUGGGACUGCAACGAGGAGGCCAACGAGCAGACCGCCAAACUGGCACGGGAGCUGGGAGUUAAGGUUCACGCGUACACGGUGGACCUGUCCAAGCGCAUGAGCAUCUAUGAGACGGCCGACAGGGUGAAAGCGGAGGUGGGGGAGGUCUCCAUACUGGUCAACAACGCAGGAGUGGUGGCCGGGCGGAGGCUGCUGGACUGUCCCGAUGAGCUUCUGGAGAGGACUCUGUUGGUGAAUUGCCACGCGCUGUUUUGGAUGACAAAGGCCUUCCUGCCUCAGAUGAAAACAACGAACCACGGUCACAUUGUGACUGUCGCCAGUGCUCUUGGACUAUUCAGCACUGCAUGUGUGGAGGAUUACUGUGCCAGUAAAUUUGGAGCCGUGGGUUUCCACGAGUCACUGACGCACGAGUUGCUGGCAGAGGAAAAUGACGGCAUCAAAACCACUUUAGUCUGCCCUUAUAUUGUAGACACUGGGAUGUUUGCAGGCUGUGAAAUCAGGAAGGAGCUCCGGGGUCUUAUUCCCCCUCUGGACCCCCUCUACACAGUGCAGCAGUCGAUGAAAGCCAUUUUAGCCGAACAGCAAAUGAUCUGCAUUCCUCGCCUUAUGUAUAUCCCCUUCAUAACAAGAGCAUUGCUACCUUGGGAGGCAAAUGUGGCGACCUAUCGCUUCAUGGGAGGUGACAAAUGCAUGCUACCCUUCAUCAAGAAUGUUGAACUAAAGAACGUCAACGGCCACGUCAAAUCCUAAGACCUCUCCGCCAGUCUCUUUUAUAACCGUUUGGACCAAUGCAGACUGAAGGCUCCAAGUGUUUAUCCUUAACCAAUGAAGGGAGAGCCAAAUGCCUGCAGGUUUAUUUUUACAAUGGGAUGAAGGGUAACUGUAUUAGCAGCCAUGUUGCAGUGCAUAUAUGUCGGGACAUUUCUGGUUUUAUUGAACCAUUACUAGAUCGAAAGGGGAGCCAGUGUUUGCUUGAUGAAAAGGAAUUCCACCUCCUUAUAA